AUGAAUGAUAAAUGGACAUGUGCGGUAGAUGAAGUAAAAGGGGAAGCUCUCCGUUUCUUUAAAAGCAAGUUCACUGAGACUAAGACUUCGAGGCCUAAACUCAUCAGUCCAAUGUUCAAGUCUUUAUCCAUGAUGGAGGCAAUUAAACUUGAAUCUCCAUUUACGCUUGAAGAAGUAAAAAUAGUGGUCUGGGCAUGCGGCAGUGACAGAUCCCCUGGGCCUGACGGACUAACAUUUAAACUCAUCAAGACCUACUGGGAUUUAUUUAAAGUAGAUGUGAUGAAUUUUGUUAUUCACUUCGACAAAUACGGGACUUUAGCGAAGGGGUGCAAUUCAUCAUUCAUCACUCUUGCUCCAAAGAUUACAGAUCCUAUCUCGCUCAUAGAUUAUCGCCCAAUUAGUCUCAUCGGAUGUAUGUAUAAAAUAAUCUCCAAGAUCCUAGCGUUGCGUCUCAAACAGGUCAUUGGUGGGCUCAUAGGUGAUGUGCAAUCCGCAUACGUAGAAGGUAGAAGUAUUCUUGAUGGACCAUUGGUGAUAAAUGAGUUGUUGUCAUGGGCUAAGAAAGUGCAAAAGAAGGUGUUGAUGUUCAAAGUAGACUUCGAUAAAGCAUUCGAUUCUUUAAACUGGCAGUACGUUGACUCCAUUCUCGUCCAAAUGGGUUUCGGCAACAAGUGGCGAUCAUGGAUCCACGGGUGUCUUACUUCCGCGCGUACCUCGGUAAUUAUAAACAGAUCUCCCACAAAAGAAUUCGAAGUUUCUAAAGGGGUCAGACAAGGUGAUGCAUUGUCCCCAUUCCUCUUCAUCAUAGCAAUGGAAGGUCUCAAUGUUGCAUUGGAGGCGGCUAGAGACAAAGGAAUCUUCAAAGAUAAAUUUCAGUCAAAACUUUCUGCCUGGAAAGCAAAGAUGUUGUCCUUCGGUGGGCGGUUGACCCUAAUUACCUCAGUUUUGGGGAAUCUCCCGACCUAUUUCUUCUCUUUGUUUAAGGCACCGACGACAGUCACUGACGCUUUGGAGAAGAUUCGUCGAAGGUUUUUAUGGGGUGGUGAUGAAAAUAAUAGAAAGAUCCAUUGGGUAUCAUGGGAUAAAAUUGUGGCCCCUAAAUCCGAGGGUGGUCUAGAUGUGGGAUCAAUCUGUACCCUAAAUACAAGCUUAUUAGUCAAGUGGUGGUGGAGACUGAAAGUGGAAAAAAAAUCGAUCUGGAGCUGUACUAAAAAAGGGAUUCAUAAUAUCUAUAACAAACCACACGACUAUUUAUCAAGCAGGAACGUUCAUGGUGUUUGGAAGAAUAUUGCUGCAGCAAGGACCGAUCUAAAAAAACAUGGGUUAGAGUUUGAAGACAUCUUUAAAGUGCAUAUAAAAUUAGGUGAAAACUCUCUGUUCUGGUUGGAUAGAUGGAUCGGUACGGUGCCCUUAAAAGUCAAGUACCCAUCACUGUAUGAGCUUGAAUCAAGGAAGAACUGUUUGGUGGCUAAUAGAUUUUUUGAGGGUACUUUUGAAGGGCACUGGUCCAUUCGAGUAGAUGACACAGGCGAAUCCAACAACUUGAUCAAUUUACAUAGGGAUCUUGAUCUAGUUAGGCUGGUACCAGGUGAGGAUCAAUGGCAUUGUAUCCUAGAUAAUAGCGGGACAUUCUCGGUGAGUACCAUGCGGAAAAAUAUUGCUUCAAAAUUGUCCCCAUCCCCCUCUUGCGCCUCCACCAGCUUUGUCUUCAAAUGGAAUAAGGUAUCUCCUAAUAAAGUCAACUGUUUUAUUUGGCGGGCAAUUCAAAAGAAGAUCCCUUCAGCGGUGGCGUUACGAUCUCGCGGUAUCGAUCUCACGACAGUUACAUGCGGUGCAUGCAUCAAUGAAUCCGAGUGUGCUGAUCACAUACUACUUCAAUGCCCAUUUGCUCGUUUUAUUACUGAUAAAAUCCUUUCUUGGUGUGGUGUGCAACAUAACUCAUUCACCUCAGUGGGUGAACUGCUGGAAUAUGCAAACGGAUAG